AUGUCAGGGCCGGUGCCGAGUCGGGCCAGGGUCUACGCGGACGUGAACACUCAGAGGCCCCGCGAGUACUGGGACUACGAGUCGCACGUCGUGGAGUGGGGCAACCAGGAUGACUACCAGCUCGUGCGGAAGCUCGGCCGCGGCAAAUACAGCGAGGUCUUUGAAGCCAUCAACAUCACCAACAACGAGAAGGUGGUCGUGAAAAUCCUCAAGCCGGUGAAGAAGAAGAAGAUCAAGCGCGAGAUCAAGAUCCUGGAGAACCUCCGCGGGGGCCCCAAUAUCAUCAGCCUGCUGGACAUCGUGAAGGACCCCGUGUCCCGGACGCCCGCCCUGGUCUUCGAGCACGUCAACAACACGGACUUCAAGCAACUCUACCAGACGCUGUCGGACUUCGACAUACGGUUCUACAUGUACGAGAUCCUCAAGGCGCUGGACUACUGCCACAGCAUGGGCGUCAUGCACCGCGACGUCAAGCCGCACAACGUCAUGAUCGACCACGAGCACAGAAAGCUGCGCCUGAUCGACUGGGGGCUGGCGGAGUUCUACCACCCCGGCCAGGAGUACAACGUGCGGGUGGCCUCGCGCUACUUCAAGGGGCCGGAGCUCCUGGUGGACUACCAGAUGUACGACUACAGCCUGGACAUGUGGAGUUUAGGCUGCAUGCUGGCCAGCAUGAUCUUCCGGAAAGAGCCCUUCUUCCACGGCCACGACAACUACGACCAACUCGUGCGCAUCGCCAAGGUGCUGGGCACGGAGGACCUGUACGACUACAUCGACAAGUACAACAUCGAGCUCGACCCCCGCUUCAACGACAUCCUCGGCAGACACUCGCGGAAGCGGUGGGAGCGCUUCGUGCACAGCGAGAACCAGCACCUGGUGAGCACCGAGGCGCUCGAUUUCCUGGACAAGCUGCUGCGCUACGACCACCAGACGCGGCUGACGGCACGCGACGCCAUGGAGCACCCCUACUUCUACCCCAUAGCAAAAGACCCGGCGAGGAUCGGCCCCUCGGCCGGGCUCUCGGCCAGUACCACGCCUGUCAGCUCCUCCAGCAUGUUGGCAGGCAUUACCUCGAUGUCCGCGGCGCAGCCCAUCGGCAGCCUGGCCGCGUCGCCCGUCAUCUCCUCUCCCAACGCUUUGGGCUCGCCGGUGCCCGCCGCAGCGGGCGCGCAGCCCUGACCCCACGC